AUGGGAGUACCUGCCUUCUGGGAACUAAUCAAAGACCAUCAGAGUGUCCAAAGGAUUCCAUUUCAGCAAUUUGUCACCGAGUUUCAGCAUGCUGAAGGGAGAGCUCCAAGGCUCGCAAUCGAUGCAUUUGGUUGGUUAUUUGAAUGCGGGUUCCUUACGGGAGAAACCGACGAACUCAUUGAUAAGGGAUAUAGGACUGACGGAUUAGCGAUCCUUGCUUUUUUGAAACGCUUGAAGAUCCUGCUAUCGCUUGAUGUGACGUUUGUUUUGGUCUUCGAUGGUCCAUUUAAGCCCAAGUUCAAGAACGAACUGAAAUUGAAGAGGGCCACCAGUGACAAAUUAGAUGUGCUGACAGCUGUCAACGUCGACAUAGACGGUUGGACCAACCCAAGCUCACCUGAAAAUGAGGUACAUGAUGUAGAAGGUCUGAGGAUGGCCAAAAAGCUUUUAACACUAAUGAACAUAUCAUGGCUUGACGCUGCCGGUGAGGGAGAAGCCGAAUGCGCUCGGCUUCAAAAGUUAGGUUUAGUAGAUUACGUGGUGACUAACGACUCAGAUGUGUUUGCAUUUGGGGCAACUAGGGCUCUUCGUAAUAUGUCCAAAUUCUGGGAAGAUUUACCGGCAUCUUACGCCGAUGCUACCAGGAAAAAGGACCACAAGGAGAAUUUCGUUACAAUGAUAGAUAUAAGCAGAAUUUCCUGCUGGAACCAGGAUCAUAUUCUAUUAUACUACGCCCUUUUGGGGGCGGAUUACAGCCAAGGGGUAAGAGGGCUAGGAUCUCGAAAAUCCGCGACUCUCGCACAACUCAGGGAACCUAAUUUUGCAUCAGAGUUCAAAGCCAUAUUCGCGGACGCCAGCUCAAGUGCCGAGCUUCGACGGCCCCAAUAUCUGGAUUUCCAACAAAGAAUGUUCAAUCACUGCCGAUGCCAUAGUGUGGAACUGUUUGGAAGAAAUUAUUUCAAAACAUCCGGAGCAGCUCAAUUUCAAGGCUGGCCGUCAGAGGAAGCUCUUUUACAUUACUUCCAUCCAACUGUGUCCGAACAGGUUCAGACCGACUGCCUCAAUGGCGAGUAUAACAACAUAAGUGGUAAGUUCAAUAUUCCUGAGAGCAACAUCCGCCAACUAUUUGAUCUUGUCAACGAAUUAGAUCUCAAAAUAAUAACGGAUAUCAGCAAAUGGUUCCACGAUAUAAUGCAUACAACUUUCCUGCUAAAAAAGAUUUUGCAUGGCUCGACGUUACCUGACGACCAGUUAUAUGUUUUCAAGAUCACAGAUAAUUGGAUUUCCAACAUAUGCAAUGGAACAGUUCACCUUGAUUACUGGCGAAUCAGGUAUAACUCGUUUAUGGCAGGAGUCGAAGAGCCUCAGUCUGAAGCUUUUACUCGGCAAGAGGGCGAAUCAGACCGCAGUGACCCUAAUAUAAUUAGCCGCAGGAAAAGCCCAACCAAAAAGCAAGCGGACCGGGAAGCGUAUCGCUACAUGACGUCAGUUCCCUCGGCAAUGCUUCCCAGCUCAAACUUGCUGGUCAAGAGAUAUAUGUUAGAGAGCCACAAAGGCGGUGGGAAAACUCCACGCAAGAAGCGAAUUACAUCGCGAUGCUCCUCCAUUCAAAAGAACAACCUUGACGAGUUUCUGAAAAAGCACUCAUCGCCCAGAAAGAAGUUAACAGAAGAUGUGAUUGAGACGCCUCUACUACCACCAACUAAACGGAAGUUAUUUGUCGAAGAUGACAAUAAAGACCUCGAGCCUGAGGUCUCCGACUGGGCGGAUACAAGCUCUUUGAUCAUUGUCUCGGAACAAGGUCGUAAAGAGGACCCAGGUGUACCACCAAAAUCACCAGAGCGGAUGCACAUGUUCGGGCUAUCUGCCCACCUCGAUGAAAGUUCUGAGCUCGACGAAAAUGAAUCGCCCUUGAAAAAAAGGAAUAUCUCCACCCGACCUCGCUCUCAAGGUUCAGAAUCUAUCCCCCUUGAUAUCAUAGAUUUGACCCAUGACGGCCAACUAUGA